UUUCAUCUCACUCGGCCCGGUUGGCCUCACCGCCGGUGCGUGUCAUUCAGGCCCUUUAAUCGAAUGCAGCUGUGUGUUCCCUGGCGCGGGGGUCAUAAGCGGAUGAGGUCACGGUCAAGCGAGCGUACCUGCCGCAGCUGUAGUUGGACUACACCGGAUGCGGCGCCCCAACAUGGCCCAGCACCACGCCGGCAACAGGGCUCUUCUACCCGGCUUGACGCGCCUCCUGCUCCUCGUCAUCCUCCUGCUGAUGCUUGUGGUCUGCGCAAAACCGAGUCCGAGUGAGCCAGACAACGACACCCGUGAACAUGCGGAGGAAGAACAUCACCAGCUGGGCAACAGCACGGUGCACCGGAAGGCUUUUCCGGUCCUGUCCUUCAACUACGAGCACGUCCGUAAACCCCUCGAGAUCUCGUUGUGGAUCCUCCUUGCGCUGCUCAUGAAACUCGGCUUCCACAUCAUCCCCCGCGUGUCCCACGUGGUCCCCGAAAGCUGCCUGCUGAUCUUUGUGGGUCUGCUGGUGGGUGGUGUCAUCAAAGCCAUCCGGCAGACGGCGCCCGUGCUGGACACCAAGCUCUUCUUCCUCUACCUGCUGCCGCCCAUCAUCCUGGACGCUGGCUACUUUCUACCCAUUCGGCCCUUCACUGAGAACCUGGGCACCAUCCUGGUCUUCGCCGUGGUGGGCACCCUGUGGAAUGCCUUCUUUGUGGGCGGCGCCAUGUACGGCGUGUGCCAGCUGGAGGGGGGGCAGCUGGCCGGCGUGGACUUGCUGUCCUGCCUGCUUUUCGGGUCCAUCGUGUCAGCUGUUGACCCCGUGGCCGUGCUGGCCGUUUUUGAGGAGAUCCAAAUCAAUGAGCUGCUGUACAUCCUGGUCUUUGGCGAGUCGCUGCUCAACGACGCCGUCACCGUGGUGCUGUAUCACCUGUUUGAGGAGUUCUCCCACGCCGGUGCGGUGACGGUGGUCGACGCCUUGCUUGGCGUGGUGUGCUUCUUGGUGGUGUCAUUCGGUGGUAUCCUGGUGGGCGCCAUCUACGGGCUGCUGGGCGCGUUCACAUCCCGCUUCACAUCGCACACGCGUGUCAUCGAGCCGCUCUUCGUCUUCCUCUACAGUUACAUGGCCUACCUGUCGGCGGAGGUCUUCCACCUGUCAGGCAUCAUGUCGCUGAUAGCGUGCGGCGUGGUGAUGCGUCCGUACGUGGAGGCCAACAUCUCGCAUAAGUCCUACACCACCGUCAAGUACUUCCUGAAGAUGUGGAGCAGUGUGAGCGAGACCCUCAUCUUCAUCUUCCUUGGGGUCUCCACCGUGGCGGGACCGCACGCCUGGAACUGGACCUUCGUCAUCGUCACCGUGGUCCUCUGCCUCGUCUCGAGAGUGCUGGGCGUUGUGGGCCUGACGUUCAUCAUCAACAAGUUCCGUGUCAUCAAACUGACCAAGAAGGACCAGUUCAUCGUGGCCUACGGUGGCCUGCGAGGGGCCAUCGCCUUCUCGCUGUGUUUUUUGCUGACCGACAACAAGAUGAAGCACAUGUUCCUCACCGCCAUCAUCACUGUCAUCUUCUUCACCGUCUUUGUCCAGGGGAUGACCAUCAGGCCUCUGGUGGAGCUUCUGGAAGUGAAGAAGAAGCAGGAAUCUGACGGCUCCAUCAACGAGGAGAUUCACACGCAGUUCCUGGACCAUGUCCUUGUGGGAAUUGAGGACAUCUGUGGUCAUUUUGGACAUCAUCGCUGGAAAGACAAGCUAAGUCGCUUCAACAAGGCCUACGUGAAGAAGUGGUUGAUUGCGGGCGACCGCUCCAACGAGCAUCAGCUACUCUCCUUCUACAACAAAAUGGAGAUGAAGCAGGCCAUGAUGAUGGUCGAGAGCGGGGGUAGCUCCGUUUUCAAACCGCCCCCGAUGGUGCCGAACAUCAAAGCCGAAGCCCCGCCCGGACGCAAGAGAAACAUCUUCAAAAGUCGCGAAAAGGAAAUCCGAAAGAUGUUGCAGUCCAACAUGCAGAAGAACAGACAGCGGCUCCGCUCCUACAGCAGACACGACCUGAUGAUCGACCCCUUCGAAGAAGAUAUGAGCGAGAUCCGUUUCAGGAAGCAACAAGUGGAGAUGGAGAGGAGGAUGAGCCACUAUCUGACCGUACCGGCGAAACGGACGGAACCGCCGCCGACCUCCGUGAGACGGGUCGCCUUCUUACCAGAACACCAGGUUUAUACGUACGACGACGGCGAGAGCACCCCGGUGGAGGUCCGCCGGGACCCGAGCGCCUCCGGUGCCGUCACCCUGCUGAAUGAAUCCGGCCGCGAGAUCCAAGAGGAGGAGGAGGACUUCAACGCAAUGCGCCGUCUCAGUGACCCUGGUCCAAAGUAGUCGCUGAAGAGACGCGUAUAAGGUUUUUAGUCCGAGUAAUAUCUGGAGAUGGGCCCUGCUGCUGCUGCAAAAAAAAGUGUCAUUUUUAAAAUUGCUCAUAUUAAUACUUUAAAAUGUACACACGUGUAAAACAGCACACCUUGUUUUUCAUUAAUUGCUAGAGGCGCCAAACAAGUGGAGUUUUCCCUUCAAAGCACAUGUGGCCACCAAAAAAUGUUUAAAAAGUUCAUUUGUAACCCCCACCAAGAAAAAAAAAUGCAUUUAUUGUUGCAAUUGUCGCAAAUGUUGUUUUCUCAGGGACUGUAAAGGCUUGCUCAAAUGGGGCUGUUUUUUAUGUUGUUGUUUGUUAAAUGGUCGUAAACAUUCCUCCAGAAAUGUAAGGCAUAUCUUGCAUAUCUGUCACUGCCUGAGCUUAAGCUGCCUGCAUGUUUGUCUUAAAAAGAAUGUUUAGGGUAUGUGCCAGCCAAAGUAUUUUUAUAUUUUCCGCCCCAAAACAAAUUGCAGACAUUUGUUUAAGGGAGAAACAUAAAUAAAUAAAGGUUUGUAUGUGAGAGAA